GCCACAACAUACUAAGAACCUAAUGCCUCUUUAAAUAAGGAUUAAUUGGGACUGUCCCUCCAAACAAGGAGAGCAUGAGAGUGAGAUGGACCAAUGCAAGUGAGUAACCGCAUAGCUUCUGCUUUCAACUUUGAUCAAAUCAGGAAUCUCAGGAGGUAGUAAUCUGCUUGACCUUCAUUGGCUGAAAGGACCAUUUCACCCCCUUUGUCUUCUUUAGGCUAUGGGGAGAAACCUAUAAAGAGAACAGCUUGACAACUCUCUGGUUUCAUGCAGUUGCGAUGGAUGUUUGGAAGGCAGUGAAAUACAUCCAGGAGGAAGCAACCUGCCCUAUUUGUUUAGAGUUGUUUAAGGAGCCGGUGAUUUUAGACUGUGGGCAUAACUUCUGCCGGGCAUGCAUCAGCCGGUGCCAACAAGAGCCCAAGCGCAAAGUCUCUUGCCCAGAAUGCAGGCAGAGUUUUGUUUGUGCAAAUCUCAGACCAAACAGGCAGCUGGGGAACAUCUUGGGACUCCUCAAGCAGUUCCGCGUACGAGACGUGGAGUCGGUAGAAGAGACUGUCCGGCUGUGUGAGUCGCACCAGAAGCCGGUGUGGCUCUUCUGCUCCAAUGACCGAGUACUGCUUUGCUUAGGGUGUACUGAAUCCAAUCCUCACAGAGGUCACCUACUCAUGCCCUUGGAAGAAGCUGCCCAGGCAUACAAGGAUGAAAUACACACUCUGCUGGAAGGUAAAAAGAAGAAGCGAGAAGAGGUCCUGAAGUAUUUCUCCAGUCUUGGGGAACAAAGAUACAAUUUAGAGAAACUUAUGGAACAUGGAACCCAGAAGAUGGUGCUGGAAUACAUGCAACUUGGAGAGGUGAUGAAGAGCUUACAGGCAGAAGUCAGGGACCUUGCAAAGUUAAUGGAGAGAGACUUUGACAGCAGACUUAGCAAGCUGCUUGAGGAAGCCAGCCACAUUGAAACACAGGUGGUUGAAAUGGAGAGAGUCUGUAAACAGCCAGCCUAUGAGUUUCUACAGGGCAUCAAGGAGACCUUAAACAAAUGGGAAGCUGAGGCACUUGGAGCUCCUGAGUGUGUUUCACCUGAGCUGAAAGAGAAGCUGUGGGAUCUCUACGUCAGAAGCCUUUUUAUAGAAGACACCCUGAGAAAAUGUACAGAGACUCUGCCAUUGACACCAAAGGUAGAAAAAGCAAAGGUGACUCUGGACCCAGCGACUGCACAUCCACUGCUAGCACUGUCCGAAGAUGGAAAGAAAGUGAAACAUGGACUUUCUGCCUCCCGUCCCACCGCAAGCUCCCAAGGCUUUGAUAGUGUCCCUUGUGUGCUAGGCUGCGAGGCCAUUACUUCAGGGAGGCAUUACUGGGAUGUAGAGAUAACAGAUGAAGGGGGGAACUGGUCCAUUGGUGUGAUUAAAGGGUCUGUUGAGAGGAAGGGGGAGAUUGACAUUAAUAUGGAUGGGGGGAUCUGGGCCCUGGAGCCAGAAAGCUCCCACUUCCGCUAUCGUAGAGGCGCCACUAUCACAAUCCGUGUUUUCGUGGACUAUGAGGGUGGCCGGGUGGCAUUUUUUGACGUCAGUUCAGGUGACUUUGUUUCCACUCUCGUACCAGCAGAUUUUGGUGGAGAGAGCAUUUUCCCCUUCUUCAUGCUGUCCAAAGUGGGGACCCAGGCAAAAGUAUGCCCUUGAAACAUGGAAUAAGUCAAUUUUUAGACUUUUGUAGUGUUAAAAGACACUUUAGACUUGCUGUACUAUCACCAAUGCGAACAAGGAAGGCGGUUGCUUAUACUUAUACUGCAAAGCUAGAACAUGGUUUAAAUGUUGUAUGAAUAAGGUGUAAGCUUUAUAUCAGUGUGAUUUAAACUGAAGUAACUUCAUAGUUACAACACGC